UUUACGUAUUUAUGACGCAAAAGGAAGUUGCAUGUGAGUUACAUUCGGUAUCGAAGAAGAAGGUAAAUUUACCGGCGUAGUUUCAUCAUUGCCCGUGAAAUCGUCUGGAAAGCCGACUUUUCUCGUACUAUAAAAAGAGUCAUCAUGUCUGCCAUUGAGACCUACGAUGAGUCAGAGUCAAAGUUUCUGAGAAAGGCGAAGGAGAGCCCCUUUGUCCCCAUUGGAAUGGCAGGGUUUGCAUCAAUCGUGGCCUACGGCCUCUAUAAGCUGAAGACCAGAGGGAACACGAAGAUGUCUGUGCACCUCAUCCAUAUGCGGGUAGCCGCUCAGGGAUUUGUAGUGGGAGCAAUGACCCUUGGAGUUGUUUACUCAAUGUGCAAAGAGUACUUUGCAAAACCAAGUCAGCAAGGAAAAGCACAGCUGGACAAAUAAUUUGUUAGUGGACACUACUGUAAUGCAUAUACAUACAUCGUAUAACAAUAAAAAUUUACAAGUAUGUAUAUAUGAAAUGUAGUCGGCUUAAGGAGUAUAGAGUAUUUAUAAAAGGCAGUUCUUUUAUGAAGAGAAUAAUGACCCAUUCUCUGUUCUUGCAGUACCUUAUAUAAUAUUUGAGGUGAUAAAACAAGUAAUUAAAACAACCUGAUGUGGUCCAUCGUAACAUGUUACAACCCAACACAUGUUUAAACCCAUUUUAUACAUUUCAUGUCCAUUUAUACCGGAAAGCUUACUGAGUAUGAAAUGGGUCGCUGUUUAAACGAUACAGUGACAUAGAAUCAAGAUUAAAAGACAAAAUUUGGAGAGCCCUGGGAACACCAUUCUCUCUCUCUCUCUCUCUCUCUCUCUCUCAUAUAUAUAUAUAUAUAUAUAUAUCUCACUGUACACUAUUUCAGAUCUCUGCCCAUUACAGGAUUUUCUGCAUAUGGUGAUGCCCGGCAGCCAAUGAUCAUACAGUUAGAUAUGAACUGGUCAUUUUAUCCAAAGUUCUGUUUGCAUAAACCAGGAUUUUACACUUUUUUUUAUCUAAUCUGAAAGGAGCAGCAUGACACCAUUUGUACCAUGCAUGACUACCGUUUGUAGUGUAAUUAUAUAUAUGUGUGUGUGUGUGUGUAUCGGUCCCGCGGUGAGAAAUUUUUAGUUCAUUAUCAGGUGAGUUUUACGAGACGGGAGAACAGUUUACUUAAGAAUCCAGUGCAACAAACGGAGGGCAAUUUAUUCUCUUUAUAAAAUUGUAAAAUGUAUUAAUGUAGAUCACUUGAGUGUUUUUAAACUGAAAAUAAAACUUUUUAUUUUUAA